AUGCCCCCGGAUCAUCCCCUCCGCAGCUCCUACUCGGCCGUUGUGCUGUUUGUGCUUCUGUGCUGCUGGCCUGCUUCAGGUGAUGACAAACAUGCACUGCUGGAGUUUAAAUCUGCCCUGACUAGAGACCCUUUAGGGCUUACGUCCAGUUGGGACCCCAAGGAUCCCGACCCGUGUUCCUGGCAAGGCGUUACCUGCGACUCGCUUUCCCGGCGAGUUACGGCUCUCCAGCUUUCCUCUCGCGCCGACGACACCGCCUGUUCUCUGCUCUCACUCCCACCUAGCUCCACCACUGCUGCGAAUGGUAACUUCUCUCUGCUCUUUCCUUGUUUAGGAGUUAACCUUGAUGCUCUGCCGAAAUUGCAAGGCAAAUUGUCGCCUAAGCUUGCCCAGCUUUCUCAGCUUACGACACUGUCCUUCUCGUUUAAUGAUUUGUCCGGGGAGUUGCCUCCGGAGAUUGGCCAACUUCAGUCCUUGGAAGUUCUUGACUUGGGGUUCAAUGUUUUUCAUGGCUCUAUACCCUUUGCCCUCCAGAAUUCUUCUUCCUUGCGUGUGAUUAAUCUGUCCGGGAAUCAGCUGAAUGGUUCUAUACCUCUGAAUCUAGGAAGUUGCAGAGAGCUGCGCUCUUUAUUACUGUCUUCAAACUUGUUGCAAGAUGAUGUUCCUUCAACUCUUGGGAAUUUAAUAAAUCUGGAAGUGCUUGUUUUAUCAAGAAACUUCUUAAGUGGGAACAUCCCUCCGGAGUUAGGAAACUGUCAGCAGUUGAAGCUGCUUGUAUUGAAAAAUACGUAUGGCCUUCUCUGGUCCAGAGGUCCUGCAAGCUCAAAUAUUGAUGAAGAGGAAAGAGGCGAGGGCGAGUUCAACUACUUCGAUGAAAACUUGCCUGGAAGCAUCUUAAAGCUCCCUAAUCUCCGUGUGCUGUGGGCACCAAACUUAAAUCUGGAGGGCAGCUUUCCGCAAACCCUGGGUCCUUCCUGCAAUUUGAAGAUGCUGAAUUUGGCUGGAAAUUAUUUUUCAGGAGAAGUACCAGUGUCCCUUGGUAAUUGUUAUGGCUUGACUUUUCUUGAUUUGAGUUCCAACAACUUUACCGGGCCACUUCCUUCAGAGCUCUCCGUCCCAUGCAUGGUUUUCUUCAAUGUUAGUCAUAACACUUUAUCGGGUGCUAUUCCAAGAUUCUCUAGUAGUCGCUGUGGAAAUGUGUCUACUGACGUGCUUAUUUCACUUGGGAAUGCACUUGGUUUCUACUCCUCCUUCUUCUAUGCUAAUGCUGUCAGGGGUAUUCCAUCUUUCAGUUUUCCUUCUAGUGAUUUGGCUGUUCUGCAUGAUCUGAGGAAUAACCUCUUCACAGGUCUAGUUCCUGCCCUAUUCAUUGCUUCAGAAAGCUUCCCUCGUAAAACAUACUAUGGAUUUUGGUUGGCUGGUAACAACUUUGGUGGAAAUAUAACUACUUUCUCGUUUGACCCAUGUUCUAACUUGAAUGGCUUGGUGUUUGAUGUUGCGAACAAUAAAGUUGUUGGUGAACUGCCUUCAGCCAUCGGAACUAAUUGUAAAUGCCUGGGGUUUCUUAGUAUGGCAGUAAACAGUUUAAUUGGUUCAGUUCCUCAGAGCUUCGCUUAUCUUGAUUCUCUGGUGUAUCUUAAUCUGAGCAGUAACAGACUGCAAGAUACUAUACCAUCCUACUUUGGGCAGAUGAAAACUUUGAGGGUUCUGUCAGUGUCUAGCAACAAUUUUUCUGGGUCUAUACCGUUAGAAUUGGGCCAGCUGUCUGCAUUGGAGGUUUUAGAUCUGUCUUCUAAUUCUUUGUCCGGAGAGAUGCCUCUUGAUCUUUCAAAACUUGAACAUCUCGGUGUUCUGCGGUUGGAUCGUAACAAUCUUUCUGGGAAGAUACCCUCUGGAUUCAGCGACACGACUUCUCUAUUGGUACUUGAUGUGGCCUUUAACAAUCUAUCUGGACCCCUUCCCCUGAAUUCAAAUUUAGUUAAAUGUGACAAUUUUAGAGGAAAUCCUAAUCUGCAGCCAUGCCAUGGUGACACAUCAACCCCUGAAUGGGAGCAGGAGCAUUCUAGCAAUGUGUCUCAGCAACAGGCUAAUACUCCCUCUGGAAGCAACCCACCGAGGACUCGUUUGAAUCCGAUAGAAAUAUCCUCCAUCACAUCAGCCUCGAUCAUUGUUGCUGUUCUCAUUACUUUAGCUAUUGUGUUCUUCUGUUUAAGGAAAUUUUCCUUUUGUUCUACUUCUGGCCAUGGGUCAGGGGUAAAAGAGGUUAUAACCUUCAAUGAUAUUGGUGUACAGCUGACAUAUGAAAAUGUGGUAAAGGCUACUGGAGGUUUCAAUAUUCAGUAUUGCAUUGGAAGCGGAGGGUUUGGAGCAACAUACAAAGCCGAGAUUGUUCCUGGACUUAUGGUGGCAGUCAAGCGGUUGUCAAUUGGGAGAUUCCAAGGAUUUGAACAAUUAAGUGCUGAGAUUAGAACUCUUGGAAGGGUGCAGCAUCCGAACCUUGUGAAGCUUAUAGGUUGCCAUGUUAGUGAGUCUGAAAUGUUCCUUAUAUACAACUACUUGCCAGGUGGUAAUCUUGAAAAGUUCAUCCAGGAGAGGUCCAGGAGAGCCGUGGAAUGGAGCAUGCUUCACAAAAUUGCUCUUGAUAUUGCCCGCGCCCUAGCUUAUUUGCAUGAUGAAUGUGUGCCUAGAGUACUGCACCGUGAUAUCAAGCCGAGUAACAUAUUGCUGGACAAUAAGUUUAAUGCAUAUCUUUCUGAUUUUGGUCUUGCUAGGCUCCUUGGCACUUCUGAGACCCAUGCUACAACUGAUGUGGCUGGAACUUUUGGAUAUGUUGCUCCUGAAUAUGCAAUGACAUGUCGUGUCUCUGACAAGGCCGAUGUGUACAGUUAUGGUGUUGUUCUUCUAGAAUUAAUGUCUGACAAGAAAGCCCUGGAUCCUUCAUUCUCUUCCUUUGGUAAUGGCUUCAACAUUGUCGGCUGGGCAUGCAUGCUUCUUCGGCAGGGUCGAGCAUCUGAGUUUUUCAUGGCUGGUCUAUGGGAUUCUGGAGCUCAUGAUGAUCUGAUCGAGAUUCUUCACUUAGGGAUUAUGUGUACUGGUGAAACUUUUUCAUCUAGACCUUCCAUGAGACAAGUGGCUCAGCGUCUGAAGAGGAUUCAGCCUUCAAUCAUCUUAACAUAA